UUUAGACAACAAUGUGUCAUUGAUGUUGGAGUUAUGUAGAAUACCUGCUGAUGCUGUGGGCCAUUGUGACCUCAAGCUGCCGCUAAAAUCAGUCCAAUGCAACAGGUGUUUCAAGAACAGCAGCACAAAAAUGAAGACUUAACUGGAUGGAAAAAUAAGGCUCAUAUUUUCAAGACGGCCUCUUUAUUCUUAGAGUAAGCAUUUGCAUUCAAGAUGUCAAGUGGUGCAAGCUCUUCGGGAUCUUACUUGCCCUCAAAAAGAAGUUCUAAAAUAGAUGACAACUACUUGAAGGAAUUGAAUGAAGACUUAAAGUUAAGGAAGCAGGAACUACUUGAGAUGCUAAAACCUCUAGAAAACAAGAACAACCUCUUAUUCCAGAAGUUGAUGUCCAACUUGGAAGAAAAACAGAGAAGUUUGCAGAUCAUGAGCCAGAUCAUGUCAGGAAAGGGGUCUGAUGAAUCCCCAGUCAUGGAGCUCAUUAAAGAAGCGGAGGAGAUGAAACAGAACCUGGAAAGGAAAAACAAGAUGCUUCGGAAGGAAAUGGAGAUGCUAUGGAACAAGACAUUUGAGAAAACAGAACUCCGUGAUCAACAAAAAGCACCACAGAUAAAAACCAAGGAAGAUUUUGAGGAUGAAAAUGCAUCCAAGUCACCCUUAUCACCUAGGAGGACCAAGAAUGAACUGGAGAUAUUAUUUGCAGAAAAAGUGAAGGAGAUAAAGAAGGAAAAGCAACAGAGGAAAAUGGAGUGGGUCAAGUAUCAGGAACAAGCCAACAUCCACCAGAAUGACUUUCACGGCAAAGUGAUUGAACUGAGAAUUGAAGCCUUAAAGAACUAUCAAAAGGCCAAUGACCUGAAAUUAUCACUAUACUUACAGCAAAAUUUUGAACCAAAGCAAACAUUUUUAAAUCUUCCAGGGUUCCAAGCACUCACUGCCAAGCCACAACCUCUUAGCAUUUCCUUGAAUUCUUUUGAGAAGAACUAGGAGGUUUGACAUGAAUAUUAUGCUUGCUACAUUUUUCAAUUCAAAUUAAAGUCCAGGGAGGUGGGAAAUGAAUACUCUUAUUUACUGUAUAACUGCGUCUGUUCUGAAGGCAAUGCAUUCUUCCUGGUUUUAACCUUUCCUUUCCUUUAGCAUUACUCUUCAUCAUGGCUGAAAUACACUUCAGCAGGUGCUGCUGAAACGAAAAUAGUAGUGUCAAGCCAAAAUGUUGAAAGGCAGGGGCGGAAAACUGCAGCUACCUCCAGUCUAGGACCUUGAUAAACAUUGCUCUCAAGCACCAGCUUUUUUAA